CUUUUUUAUAUCUCAAACCAGAGAAAACAUAGGAGCCAUCCUCUGCCUGAAAUUUGGCGAAGAUUUCUCCCCUUUAGACGACGACACUACAAUUUUUUCCCAACCACAUGACAUGAGUCAUGAUGACUCAGUCUCACGACGGCCAAAUUCACGACCCUAAAAAACCCACAAUCAACCACCCUUCUGAACCGCCUAAAAUCCACCGCGAUUUUCCCAUAAAUCCCGACGCUGAUGGUGAUGCAGACAAAAAACCCUCUUCCGCAGUUACCAAUACUGUCGCUUCUGCCACUAAUGAGACGAGGGCGUGUGCAGCAUGCAAGUAUCAACGCCGGAGAUGCACCCCGGGUUGUGCUCUGGCUCCGUAUUUCCCACCCGACCACCAGAAACAGUUCCUUAAUGCCCACAAACUGUUUGGUCUUAGGAACAUGAUGAAGGUUUACAAGCAGGUCAAGCCUAAUGAACGGGAGACUUCCAUGAAGACCAUGAUUUUCGAGGCCGAUAUCCGGGCACAGAACCCUGUUGGCGGCUGUUAUCAAAUCAUCGAUAGGCUUCAAAAAGAGAUCCAAUUUUGUAAGGCAGAGUUGAGUUUUUAUCUCAAUCAGUUAGCCAUCUUUCAAAACCUUAAUGCCAGUGGUGGUAGUACAAGUGAAAACUCUGCCUUUCCCUCUGCCUCUGCCUCUGCCUCCUCCGGUGGAUCUAAUAAGGAUCCUUCUUCCGUUGUGAAUAUUCCGAAUACAGAGUUUAAAGGGUUUGAUCUUGGGUUCCAAUCCAUGCUAUUUCAGCCGGAAACAGGGGAUGAGUUUGGAGUUAGUAUGGCAGAUUUUUACCAGGCAACGUAUGGAGAUGUAGAAACUGUUGCACCCCCUUGUGGUGGCGUUGUUAAUCCUGCAGAGCAGUUGUUGCUGGGUGAUGGAGCCGAAAGUAUUCAGGGGUUAUUGAUUAACAAUCCGUCCAAAAGAAUUAAAUCUGAUUUAAUCAAACAAGAAUUAAUCGUGCCUAAAAGUGAGAAUGAUGUAGGGAAAAACAAAGUUCAGACCAAUCGACAGACAGUAUCAAAUAUGUGUUGAUUUCCAGGAAGUUCUAUUUGGUCACCAUGGUAUGAUACUCGCCAGCAUUUGUUGGUUGCCCCUAAUAAAUCUCAUUGGUCAUCAUGGUAUGAUCAUCACCACAAAUAACUGUUUCCCAUUGGUCGUCCUUUCUGUCGACUGCUGAAACUGAGGAAAACACCGGCUUUCUCCGGUUGAGGACGACGAAAUGAGCCGGAGAUUUUGGGUGAUGUAUGGGACGUUUGUUGAUAAAAUAUCCCAUGGAGGAAGAUGAUGCAGAGCCAUUAGGGCUCUUAAAGCUCUUGGAUUGGUUGAAUAAGAUGGGACCGGUUUGCAACACUGAAUAUUCUAACACGUUCAUGCUUUUAAUCUUUACAAACCAAUGUUUCUGAAUUUGGUGUUCUAUUUGUUUGUUUCACAUAUUCAUUCUCUUAAGC